AUGGCGUCCCAAGAACAGAAUAUGCCGUUCAUAAAGAACCUGGCCUCGAGCGACCGCAAGCUCCGAACCCAGGCCCUGACCUCCCUCCAAACCUUCCUCGGCUCCCACCGCUCCCUCACGCGCCUCGACGCCCUCAAGCUCUGGAAGGGCCUCUUCUACGCAAUGUGGAUGUGCGACCGCCCCGUCCCCCAGCAGAACCUCGCCGCCGAGCUCGCCAGCUUGACCUCGUGCCUCCGCAACGAGGACGUGCCCACCUGGCUCUCCGCCUUCUGGGAGACCAUGGCCCGCCAGUGGACCGACAUCGACGUCCUCCGCAUGGAAAAGUUCCUCCUCCUCGUCAGGCGCAGCUUCGCCUCGGGCCUGCAGUGGGUCAAGGACGGCGCCUACGACGACGCCCGCGCUGACGCCCUGCUGGCCGUCUACGCAGAGUACCCCUUUGAGCUCGAGGGCGACCUGCGCAAGGUCCCCGUCGGCUUGAGGCUGCACGGCGUCGACAUCUGGGUCGACGAGCUCGAGCGCCUCCAGAUGCUCAAGGGCGACGACGACGAAAAGGCCGUUGCCUUUGCGCGGAAGCUGAGCAAGAUUGUCGAGCCCCUCAAGAGGUCGCCCGUCAAGACGGUGCGCGCCAAGGCCGCCGAGGCCGUUGAGGAUGAGAGGCUGCCAUGGACGGAGAGCAAGGCCGAGGAGGCGGACGGGGAGCCGGCGGCGCCGGCGGCGGACGGCGCCAUGGACGAGGACGACGACGAAUGGGGCGGCAUCGACGAUAAAUAG